AUGCCGAGGACUUACGACCUUCGCCUUGGAAACUGGCUCAAAUUAGACAACUGCGAAAAAAGGUGUCAGCGAUUGCUGACGGCGGAGGAGAAGCAGAAUGAUCUCUUGCUUGAUGACAAUAUGGAGAUGGAUGAGGAGAAUCGUGUGCUCAUUGAAGAGAUCAAUGAGGAUGACGUAUUAUUUGGAGAUGACGAGGGUUAUGCCUCGAAACAGGCGCAGGCUAGAUUUCCACCACUAAGAGAUGAGCCUCGACAAGCAAAUCCAGAUCAGCCCAGAGGACGAUUCUCACCUGCUCAAGGGAGGCAAAGACAACCCGAGCGUGACAACCCAGCUGGAGCACAAAGACUGAGACAACCAGAGCAGGACAAUCCAGCUGGAGCACAGAGGCAGAGACCGAGACAAGUCCAGAGAGACAACCCAGCUGGAGCACAGAGACAGAGAUCAAGACAAGCCCAGAGAGACAACCCAGCUGGAGCACAGAGUCCGAGACAAGCACAGGGAGACAACCCAGAUGGAGCACAGAGACCGAGACAAGCACAGAGGCAGAGACAACCUCCACCCUUUAGACGAACGUUACCUACUAUGAGGAGGAAGGAGAGUGAAGACAAUCGAAUGUAUUUCAACAGGCAAUUCGUCAAUCACAGAGGGCAAAUUCAUCGAGGCCACCGUGCUGGCAGAAGGCUGGCUCAGCGUAAUACUCGGAAAGUAACAAUGAAGAUAAUAAUCGAACAAGAGUCAGACGUUGAUGGUGAGAAAAGAAGCCAGAGGGACGACAGGAAUUCGGUUUCAUCAAGGGAAAGUAAAUUAUUUAGACGAUUUCUCCCCAUGAUACCUAGAGAUGAACGGCAAGACGUGAUCAUUCUAUUCAACAAGUCCUAGGGAGAAAUCUUUUUUUUUACGCGGGUGAUAAAUUGAAUCACAAAAUUGGAAGGUGUCAAGCUUCCCACAUUGUCUAACAAUUCAUCGAUCAUUUCAUUAUUAUUUCCCAAUAAGAAUUUGCUGACGAAUUGAUUCAGAGAUUCUACAUUUGUUUCUCGUCAUUUGCUUUAACAUAUAAGAAAUUAGAAUUUUCUCAAAUUUUGAUUUUCCGCCUCCUAAUGAUCACAAGUAUUUGAUGUUUCUCAUAUUUUUCAGUCAAUCUAAUUCAAUUUAUGAUUUAUUAUUCAUUUUUUCUUGAAAAAAUUUGUAGCUUCUGUCAAGUUUCUUGCAUAAUUCAGUUUAUUUGACCAUGUCAGGGAUUCACAUAUAUUACGAAUGGUUGAAAUUAUAACCUUGGAAAUUAGACAAUUUCAUUCGACUUCACUUCGUCAUAUCUACCUGAUGGAUUAUUAUUUUUCUACAUAUAGAAUUUUUCUACUUCAUUUUCAUUUCCUUGAAGUCGUGAUUCACCCCAAUCAUAAUCAGUAUUCGAUGUCUUCUUUAUUGUUCACUCGGUUCCAUCGAACUUAUGAUUUGUUUUUUUCUCUCGAGUGACAAUUUUAUUUAUAACAUGUAUAGUUUCCCUCCACUUUCUUGUGUUAUUAAGUUAAUUUGAGCUCAUUUUCGUUGUUCUUUACUCAAAAAUUCGUGAAUAAUACUAUACUGUUAGGGUCCGCUACCAGAAUGUCACAGACGAUGGCGUGCCUUACCAAUGGGACAAGAACACCAACGUCCUGAAGCCAGCCAAGUCCAACACUAAAAAUACCUCUAAAUCCCCUCCAAUCCCCUCUCUCUCAGUCUCAACCUCUUUUGCAGACACAGUCUUUUCCCUCUAUCCCCGCAACCACCACUUUCCCAACCCCUGUCAACAUUAAUAAGCCUGGAAAUUUUUUAGGAGCCGGUCCUCUGAAACCCCCCACCCGGGAACCCCAUCUGACCUAUCGAUUGCUUUCUGGAAUGUGACUAACUUCUGCCACCUGGGGGACCUGGUGGAACACGACCUAGCUGACAUCUUGUGUAUCUCGGAAACCAUGAAGAUCAAUCCUCCUCAGCCAUGCCCCAAGUUACUCGACAACUUCAACUGUUUCUGGUCCAACGCUGUCAAGGACAAAUCCAAGGGCAGGGGCAGUGGUGGGCUUCUUCUCUGCGCUAUAAAAAAAUAUUGAAUUUUAUAUCAGUUUAUUUUAUAUCACAUUAUCAGUCAUAAUCAGUAUUUAAUGUUUGCUUUAUUUUUCACUCAGUUCCAUCUAAUUUAUGAUUUGUUAUAGUUUUCCUCCAAUUACUUGUGCCAUUUAGUUAAUUUGACCUCAUUUCCGUUGUUCUUCACUCCGAAUUUCGUCAAUAGUAAUGUGGAGGUUUUUUUUUAUCCUGAAUUUAAAUGAUAAAAUCAGAAAUCUAAGGAAUACAUUCUAGUUGAUUGUUCAUUCAUUUAAUUUGAAAAUCAUUUUCCCUCAUUUGUUUAGCUGAUAUCUGUUGGAAAUGACGAUUUGGAAUCAAGCUAAGAAAUAUGAAUCACAUAUGUAUUUUUCCUCACUAAAAAUUUAUAUGAUAUAUCAAAAUAUUUCCACUU